UAAUUUACCGAAAGGAAUUAAUUAAUGUAGCAGAGCUGACAGAAUAAGUUUAGUGUAGCAGAGCUGACUUUUUUAAAAUAGGAGUAAAACAAAAAGAUAAUUUUAUUUUGAAUAAAAAGAAUCAUCAUUUUACCUUAAGAAAGACAAUUAGGAAGAUGUCAGCUAUAAUUUUUGUGUUGCAAAAAUUGAUUUUUUAUUAUUUAUUUUCCUGUUUAACAACAACAACUGUAACCACACCAGCUCAAGCUUCGACAAAUAAAGCAGUUUUUGAUGGAACUUGCCCUAAAGACUGGAUUAAUUAUGGAAAUUAUUGCUACUUUUUCUACAGCAUAAAUGUUACUCAACCUGGAAAAGAUUGGUUAGAUUCUCUUUUAUGGUGUUUAAAUAAUGGAGGAAAUUUGCUUAGUGUAGCAGAUCAAGCAGAAAACGUAUUUAUUGUAGAUAAUCUUAAUAAUGAGAAAAUGAAAAACCAACAUUUUUGGAUUGGUCUCAAUGCUCAUCAGAGAGUAUUUGUGUGGUCUGAUAAAACAGCUUCAUUAUUUUCCAAUUGGAGGCAGGGUCAGCCUGAUAAUCUAUUAGGAAGAGAGAGCUGCGUGGAAACAAAUUCUUCUGGUUGGAAUGACCACGUUUGUGAUAGCAAAUUUGGUUUUAUUUGUAAAAUAAAAAAAGAGAUUUUUGGCACUGAUUGUUUAAAUGAAAGCUAUGAGUACGGCAGCUAUUGCUACUUUUUUUAUGGAAAUGUAGCUCAUGAAGGUGUAGAUUGGCAUAGUGCUCUCUACUUAUGUAAAAAUAUGGGAGGAAAUUUGUUAAGUGUAACAGACCAAGCAGAAAAUUUAUUUAUUUUAAACCAUCUUAAAAAUGAAAGUUUGAAAAACCAGUACUUCUGGAUUGGUCUUAAUGCAAUUAAAAGAACUUUUGCUUGGACUGAUAAUACAGCUCCACUUUUUAUUAAUUGGAAGAAUAGUGAACCUGAUAAUUUUGGUGGAGACGAGCUUUGUUCUGAAAUAACUACUAAUGGCUGGAAUGAUAUUAGUUGUGACAACCACUUUGGAUUUAUUUGUAAAACUAAGCAAGGACUUCCAUUAAGUGGUUAUGGUAAAAAGAUUUAUGAUGGUCACAAAUCGACAGCUUUAACAGCAGCUACUAAAGAUAUGAUUUCCUGCUGGUUUCUUAGAAGAUUUUGCAAACUUUACUACGAUGAAGAGCUUUGUUUUGUAGUUGAUUAUUCGUGCCCGAAGUUUCAAACUCGAACAUCAACAACAACUACUAUCUCAUCAACCAGAACUGACCCUACAACAACUACAGCUAAUUCUACAACAACUACAACUGAUUCUACAACAGCUACAUCUGGUUCUACAACAUUUACAUCUGAUUCUACAACAACUACAGCUGAGUCUACAACAGCUACAACUGAUUCUACAACAACUACAGCUGAGUCUACAACAACUACAACUGAUUCUACAACAACUUCAGCUGAUUCUACAACAACUACAACUGAUUCUACAACAGCUACAUCUGAUUCUACAAUAGCUACAUCUGAUUCUAUAACAACUACAACUGAGUCUACAACAACUACAACUGAUUCUACAACAACUACAGCUGAGUCUACAACAACUACAACUGAUUCUACAACAGCUACAUCUGAUUCUACAACAACUGCAGCUGAGUCUACAACAACUACAACUGAUUCUACCACAACUACUGAGACAGCAUAAACUAUGCGACAACAACCACUACAGUGGCAACCGCCUUAUAGAACUUUUGUUUAAUAUUAUAUAAAACAAUUGCUUCAUGUCAACUUCUUAUAAGAUUUGAAUGCUAUUUCAUCCGUUCUUUUUUGUGAUUCACAUAAAGAUAUAGACACUUUAAAUA